AUGGACACAGCGGUCGUGAAGCUUCCAUUCCUGAGGCGGAACAACCCGUUCAUCCAGAACAUCAUCGCAGCUGGAUGUCUGUUCUGUAAUCCAGGCCUCUACUUGGCCAUAACUUUUCUCGGUGCUGGCGGUGGUCGAGCAUCAUCAACCAACAUGGCCAAUAUAAGCAACGGCGUUUUGUAUGGCUUCUUUGCGCUCUCUGCGCUCAUGGCAGGUUCUGUGCUGAACACUCUCGGUCCCCGCCUAACUAUGAUGUUUGGCAUCACCGGCUACCCGAUUUAUAUCGGUGCCAUGUGGUAUUAUGACAGUUAUGGCCACAUGUGGUAUCCUAUUCUGGCUGGUGCUUACCUGGGGCUUACAGCUGGAUGUCUCUGGACAACUGCCGCCUAUAUUGCCAACGCAUAUGCCGAGGAGAAAGACAAGGGUCUGUAUCGCGCUAUCCAGUGGUUAGGCAACGUCUGUGGAUCUGCCGUUGGUGCCAGCGUCGCUAUGGGAGUUAGUUGGAAUAGCACGUCCCUCUCUGUUCCGCACCCGGUAUACAUAGCCUUCAUUGUCAUCCAGUGCUGCUCUGUUAGCUUCGCUCUAUUGCUUCUACCGUCUGACCAGUUGCGCCGCACAGACGGCACCGCAUUAGCAUCCUUCCCACGCAUCUCGCUGUGGGAUUCAUUAAAAAUGACAAUGGGGCUCUUCAGGGACUGGAGGAUUGUGUUGAUGAUCCCUGCGUGUUUCACGCCGGAAAUGUUCUUUCCGUUUCAGUCAUCAAUGAAUGCAUAUGCUUUCGAUCUCCGGACCAGAACGCUUAACAGUUUGCUGAACAAUCUCAUUCAGAUUCCGGUCACCUUAUUCGUAGGGCUUUUACUUGACACCGAGAGAAUCAGAAGCCGAAGGAAGCGUGCCUUUCUGGGUAUUACCUUUGACGCUGUAUGGAUUACUGGUGCCUACAUUGCCCAGACUAUCUGGCUCUCGAGCUGGAAGUUUGACAGGUCUGUGGCAGGCCCAUCGAUCGACUGUACCGAUCCAGCCUAUGCAGGUGCUGUUGUUAUCUACAUGCUCUACGCGGCGCAAUAUGGCAUCUUUCAGAAUGUUGUCAUGUAUGUGCUGGGGAGUUUAACAAAUGACCCUUAUAAAUCGGCAACUAUCGGUGGCUUCUUCGUCGCUUGGCUUAGUUCUGGCACAGCCGUGUCUUUUGGCGUAGACGCCACAGCGCAACCAUAUGAGAACGAAAACGCCGCUUAUUUUGCACUCUCCACGCUGUGUUGGCCAAUCUUAUACUUCGUUGUAUGGAAGUAUACAAGUGACACGAACUAUCUCAAGGAAGACACAGUCAUCUCCCCGAUACAUGUCAGAGUGGCUCAGGAGAUUGAGGGCGUGGCGCCGUCUUCUAAAGCGGAUAUCGAAAAUUCGGUAUCCGAGAAGUCAGAGAAAUAG